UGAUCCAUACGCCCGAUACUCAAUAUCAAUAUUGAUUGGGAGAGUGAAAAUGAUGAAAACGUAGUUUUUAGUUUCAAGUGCCAAGUAUACUCAAGAUUUAAUUAAGCUUUAAGUAAUUGAUUAAAGAUUAAACAACGUGAUGAUUAAUGACAUAUAAUGCAAUCAUUUCCUAUAAAGUGUGUUGUCGUUGGAGACAAGAAUGUUGGAAAGACGUGUUUGCUACUGUCAUUUACAGAAAAUGCAUUUCCAGGAGAGUAUUUACCAGAAGUCAUAUGUGAACCUUGCCAAGCUAAUGUCAGAGUGGAUGAACGAGUAUGCGACCUUAGUAUAUGGGACACAGCAGGGCAAGAUGAGUAUGACAGACUGCGACCACUGUCUUAUUCACAAACAGAUAUCGUUCUUAUAUGUUUCUCCCUUGUUGAAAGGGAUAGUUUUGAAAAUAUACGGCAAAAGUGGUAUCCCGAGAUAAAACACUAUUGUCCAUACACGCCAAUAGUAUUAGUUGGAACAAAACUGGAUUUAAGGGACAACAAUAAUGAAAAGGAGAAAGCACUGAAUAAGGAUAUUACACAUGUUGAGGGUAUGCGUCUUGCACAACAAGUCAAUGUAUUCAAGUAUUUAGAAUGUUCUGCGAAGACUGGUAUUGGUAUAAAACAGGUGUUUGAUGAGGCGAUAGAAGUCUACUUUGCUACUCAAAAGAUGAAGACAAAAACUCUUUUUAAAUGUAAAAUCCUGUGAAAACAAGAUACAUUGAAAAUACAUAGGACUGUAAACAGCGUGAACGUUAUUGUGUUAUAAGUAUCACUAAAAUAAAAACGAAUGAUACAUUCACAAUACUAAAAUAAAUCAUCUACUUGGUGAACAGUAAAUACCAUUUGAUCAGUACGAUAUACAUCAGCUUUUCAUAGAUUUUUUUUGCCUGGCAUUAUAUAUUUUUUUAAUCGAUAAAAUGACGACACAAAUGUAAUGAGCAGAAGGCAUAGGCGCUGAUAUUAUUUCAACGAGUACGUAGAUGUGAUGUUUGAUAAGACUUUUUAUGUAUGUUUUAAACGAGUUACAGUAUACUUCACAGAAAAUAUCUUGUCACUGUGUAUUCAUGGUAGUUUGAUGGUAUUGUCAAUUAUCUAUAACCCGGUAUAGAAAUAAAUAAAAAUGGCAUAUG